GGAGUGUGUAAGAUCGGAGGAACGGACCUGGGAAAGCUGCUACUCUCUGCUCUUUCUUAGGAAGGAAGUCUGGCCAGUUUCCUCUGGUCCCUAGGAGAAGAUGACAAGGCAUGGGAAAAACUGUACUGCCGGGGCUGUGUAUACUUAUUAUGAGAAGAAAAAGGAUACAGCUGCCUCAGGCUAUGGGACCCAGACUGUUCGUCUUAGCAAAGAUGCAGUAAAAGAUUUUGAUUGUUGUUGUCUGUCUCUACAACCGUGUAAAGACCCCGUGGUGACGUCAGAUGGUUACAUUUAUGAAAAAGAGGCAAUUCUGGAAUACAUCUUGCAUCAAAAGAAGGAAAUUGCUCGGCAGAUGAAGGCAUACGAUAAGCAGAAAAAUGCAAAGAAAGCAGAAAUGGAUGAAUUAAACAAAGCUGCAAAAGAAUCUCAGAUGAAAGCGUUCCUGGAUAAGGAAAUGACCAUAGUCAGCAAGCCACUGAACCCCUUCACCCGGAAAUCAGAUAGUGGUGCAGACACUGCUGAGCCCAGUGGCAGUCAGCAAAGCAGUGAGGAGAAGGGCAAGCAGCUUCCAAGCUUUUGGAUCCCAUCACUGACCCCAGAAGCAAAAACCUCUCUUGUGAAAAAGCCAGACAAGACUGUUUACUGCCCCAUGAGUGGGAAGCCUCUCAAGAUGAAAGACCUUAUCCCGGUGCACUUCACCGCUGUGGAUGAGAAGGUGGAUCGCGUGGGUCUGAUAAACCGACAGGACAGAUACGUUUGUGCUGUUACACGAGACAUGUUGGGCAACUCUGUCCCAUGUGCUGUGCUGCGACCUUCAGGUGCAGUUGUCACAAUGGAGUGUGUAGAGAAACUGAUCAAGAAGGACAUGAUUGAUCCUAUCAGCGGGGACAAGCUGCACGAGAGAGACAUUAUCAUGCUGCAGAGGGGUGGAACUGGAUUCUCUGGCUCUGGAGUCCUAUUGCAGGCUAAAGAGGCCCGGCCAGUAAUGCAGGCAUGAACAGCGAGCAGACUCCACCCUUCUCUGUGCUGUACGUCUUUCUGUAGGCUCUUGUCAACUGCCCUUUUUAUGACAUUUAUUCCAUCAUGUGAGGACAGUGCCAAUGAGGGCAAAAUUAUCUUGCAUAGAAAAGAAAGUGGAGAGGACCCUUACCUGCUUUAUCACCCCAUAUGCAUACACCAAACGGGCAGUGACUCAGGCCUAUCUCUUUAACAUAGAAAAGAAUGAAACAGGGCACCCUUGUUUUAAAGGGCCUCUUCUUAUUUAAAGGGAUACUGUUGUAGGGAAUAAAACAUUCUUGUUUGGCUCCAUUUAAUACAUGUAAGUUGUGGAUGGGAGCGGUGUGGUGUAUGCUCUGUUGCAUUCAUUUAUGGAUGGGUGAGGAUCUGAGCCCAGCGGUGAGUGAUGGCUGCGCUACUGCAUUUAUUUAAGGUGGGGGGAGCGCUGAGCUCAGCACUUAGUGCUUGUUUCUCAUGUAUAUGCAGCAACAGAGUAAAUCCACGUAUGGAUUGUUUCCCAUUAUAGCGAAUAAGAGUUCCCACCUGUAUGGUACGUGGGCCUGGCACUGUUUCAGGUUACAUUUGUGCCCUACUUGCCUGCAGCUGGCAAAGUAAAGUGCUUUAACCUAUGUCAAUGGGCAACUUCACCCAGCCACACUCAGUAGAUACCCCCCAGCUGCACAGCACAAGGCUCCUCAGUUGUAGGGGCAGGCGUCCCAGGCACUGUCAGCGUUUGUGUAGGCGUUUAAAGGACAAGUAAUGGUAAUACACAAGACUGUCAUAUGUGCACAAUAGUAAAAUUUUUUAAGAUUUUACUAAACUUUGCAUGUUUAGCCGCAAGGGAUUAUUGAAAAAUGUUAUUAAAAUGUUUUUGUGGCCCUAAAAAGAUCCCAGAAUCUGAAAACAGGAGCAGCAGCCCAGGAAAAUGUAAUUAAAUACACUGGGGGAAGGGAGGGGUGCCUGACAUAUUGUUACCCCUUGUGUUUCCAUUUACUUGUCCUUCAAAUGAAAGUCAGACCUUCCUUAUAGUUCUAUAUUUGUGUUUUUCUUAAAGGUGUUCGUUCCCAAGGAAUGGGGUAAAUGCUGCCGUGUAUAUAGAGAUGUUCUUUUACAAUAAAGGAUUUGAAUCUAA